AUGGAAAACCACAAUCUAACAGUGCUGAGUGAAUUCAUACUCCUGGGGAUCACAGAUCGCCCUGAGCUGCAGGCCCCCUUAUUUGGGCUCUUCCUCACCAUCUACACGAUCUCAGCGCUGGGCAACUUGGGCCUGAUCAUCCUCACCAAGGUGGACCCCAGGCUCCGGACUCCCAUGUACUUCUUCCUCAGACACCUGGCUCUCACUGACCUUGGUUAUUCAACAGCUGUGGGACCCAAAAUGUUAGUAAGUUUUGUUGUAGAACAAAAUACGAUCUCCUCUUAUUUUUGUGCCACACAGGGAGCUUUCUACACUAUGUUCAUUGUUAGUGAACUUUUCAUUCUGUCAGCAAUGUCCUACGACCGUUAUGUGGCCAUCUGUAACCCUCUGCUGUAUACAGUCAUCAUGUCCCAAAGGGUAUGUCAAGUGCUGGUUGCAGUCCCUUAUGUCUAUGGCACAUUUAUUUCUCUUCUGGUCAUAAUAAAGAUUUUUAAUUCUCCCUUCUGUGGCUAUAAUAUUGUCAAUAAUUUCUACUGUGACUGUAUCCCGUUGUCAUUUUUGCUGUGCUCAAAUGCACAUGAAAUUGAAUUGAUUAUUUUUAUUUUCUCAGUUUGCAAUUUGAUUUCAUCUCUUCUUAUAGUUCUUGUGUCUUACAUGCUCAUCCUUGUAGCCAUUCUCAGGAUGAACUCUGCCGAGGGCAGGCACAAGGCUUUUUCCACCUGUGGGUCCCACCUGACAGUGGUCACAGUGUUCUACGGGACUUUGAUAUUUAUAUAUGUGCAACCUGAGUCCAGUCAUUCCUUUGACACUGAAAAAGUGGCCUCCAUAUUUUACACCCUCAUUAUCCCCAUGUUAAAUCCCUUGAUCUAUAGUUUAAGGAACAAAGAUGUUAAAUAUGCUCUAUAUAGGAUGUGGAAAAAGUUAUGCAAUAUCUUUUCUUAA